AUGCAUUUCAUCAAGGCUAUUGUCUGGGGUAUAUCCCUUGCUGCUGUCAACGCGGCUGCUUUGCCCGCUGAUGGAUCGGGUGUUUCGACCUGCGAGUACUCCGGCGGCGACCGAGCCUGCGAAGCUCAUUGCAUCGAGAAGGGUAAAACCUUUGUAUCCUGUGCACCUGAGUGCACAUGCUCCGGCCGCUUGGGCAACCCUCUGAGACGCCUCCUCAAGAGGAAGACUACAUCGUCUGCCAAGCCUACCACUGUCAAGGUCCAGGCUACUACAUCCAAGAAGGCUACUACCACUUCCAAGCCUGCUACAACAUCCAAGAAGCCUACCACUACAUCCAAGCCUGCUACUACAUCCAAGAAGCCGACUACCACUUCGAAGCCGGCAACUACCAGCAAGAAGCCCACCACUACUUCGAAGCCAGCCACUACCUCCAAGCCGGUUACAACUUCUAAGAAGCCAACGACCACAUCCAAGCCUGCUACAACUUCCAAGCCGGCUACGACUUCUAAGAAGCCAACGACCACAUCUAAGCCUGCUACAACUUCCAAGCCUGCGACUACUUCCAAGAAGCCAACGACCACGUCUAAGCCUGCUACAACUUCCAAGCCUGCUACGACUUCUAGAAGCCAACGGCCACGUCUAAGCCUGCUACAACUUCCAAGCCUGCUACGACUUCUAAGAAGCCAACGACCACGUCUAAGCCUGCUACAACUUCCAAGCCGGCUACGACUUCUAAGAAGCCAACGACCACCCUGCUACCACCUCCAAGCCUGCUACUACUUCCAAGCCCCCCACUACAACUUCCAAGCCCCCACUACAACUUCCAAGCCCCCCACUAUAACCUCAAAGCCUACUACAACCUCCAAGGCUGCGACUACAACCUCCAAGGCUUCAUCGAGCUCAUCCUCCUCCAGUACCAGCUCCAAGGCUUCAACUUCGACUAGUGCCCCUGCUUCCACUAGCAAGGCUUCCACCUCCACCAGUGCUCCCGCUUCUACAAGCAAGGCUUCGACCAGUACAAGCUCAGCUGCAGCUUCUACUAGCUCUUCUGCCUCUACCUCUGCCGCUGCUUCCACCUCAUCCUCCGCUGCAGUCUCAUCUUCUUCUGCUGCUGCCUCAUCCAGUGCUGCAUCCAGCCAGGCCACUGGUGCCCCUGCUGGCGGUGUCACAACCUCCACUUCCGAUGAUGAUGAGUCUACUACUAGCACUCCUGCCAGCCAGUCCUCCAGUGCUGCAGCUUCUUCAAGCACUGCUGUGACUUCUGAUGAAUCUGAUGACGAGACUACCACUGCUAUCUCCUCGACUUCUGCUGGCCAGUCUUCUUCCACUGCCGCUGUUGAUGAGACCACCACAACAUCUGCCGCUGCUGGUACUACCUCUGAAGCUGACGAUGAGACCAGCACCUCUGCCGCCGCUACCUCUACCACUGAGGAGGCUGAUGAGACCAGCACCUCAGCUACUGCCGCCGGUACUACCACUGAGGCUGAUGAUGAGACCACCUCUUCAUCUGCUGCUGUUGGAGCUACUACCACUACUUCCGCUGCCGACGAAGAGACCACUACCUCUUCCGUUGGUGCUACUACUACUGAUGUCGACGAGGAGACAUCUACUUCUGCUGCUGGAGCUGGUACUACCACCACUGAGGCUGAUGAGGAGACUAGCACUUCUGCUGCUGCUUCCACUACCGAUGUCGAUGAGGAGACCUCUACUUCUGCCGCCGCUGCUAGCACCACUGAUGAGGCUGAUGAGACUACCACUUCUGCUGCUGAUGAGGAGACCACUACAUCCGCUGCUGGUGCUUCUACCACUGAUGCUGAUGAGGAAACCAGUACUUCGGCUGCUGCUGGCACUACCACUUCUGAGGCUGACGAAGAGACCACUUCAUCUGACGCUGGUACUUCCACCUCAGUUGCUGAUAAUGAGACAUCCAGCACUACUACUUUCAUCACCCUGACCCGCACUACCAGCACUGCCGAUGACGAGUCAUCCACUGCUACCUCCGAAAAUCUCACCGGUGCCCCUGCUGGAAUCUCUACUACUUCUUCUGCCGUUGAAGAGGAGUCUACCGGCGAGGCUGCCACCUCUUCGUCUGUCGCUGAUGAGGAGUCAUCCACUCAGGCCGCUUCUUCUACAUCUGCUACCGAUGAGGAGUCUACUAGCCAGGCUGCCUCCAGCACUUCUGUUGCUGAUGACGAGACCUCUACUUCCGCAGCUGCCUCUACCACCUCCGUCGCUGACGAAACCACUAGCCAGGCCGCUAGCAGCACCUCUGCUGACGAGGAGUCUUCUACUCAGGUUGCCUCUACCAGCUCUGCUGAUCAGAGCACUAGCCAAGCAGCUUCCUCCACCUCGGUCGCUGAUGAUGAGACUACCUCCAGCCAAGUCGCUUCAUCUACCACUGCUGCCGAUGAAGAGACUACUUCCAGCCAGGCUGCCUCCUCUACUACCGCUGCUGAAGAUGAGACUACCAGCCAAGCUGCUUCAUCCACUUCUGUUGCCGAUGAAGAGACUACCUCUGCUGCCGCUUCUACCUCGUCUUCUGCUGCCGAUGAGUCUACCAGCCAAGCCGCCUCUAGCACAUCUGUUGCGGAGUCUACUAGCUCUGCUGGCGCCUCGACUUCAUCGACCGCUGAUGAGACUACUACUUCUGCUGCCGCGACAACCUCAUCAGCUGCCGAUGAGACAUCUAGCCAAGGCGCUUCAUCCACCUCCGAGCAGUUGACUGGUAACCCCGCUGGAAUCUCCACCUCUUCAUCCGCUGAGGAGUCCACCUCUGCUGCUGCCACUACCUCAUCCUCUGCAGACCAGUCUUCCAGCCAGGCCGCCAGCACCAGUUCUGCUGCUGCUGAUGAGACUACCAGCUCCGCUGCCGCCUCUACCUCAUCCGACGCUGAGACAUCUUCCUCCGCUGCUGAUGUCACAUCCACUUCAGCCGCUGAGACCUCUUCUUCCGUCGCCGAGUCUAGCAGCUCUGCCGCCGCCUCCACUUCGGCUGAUCAGACCUCUUCCUCGGCCGCCGAGACGUCCUCUUCUGCUGCGGUUGAGACAUCCAGCUCUGCCGCCGAGACUUCAUCUUCUGCUGCUGAGACUUCUUCGUCUGUUGCUGAGUCUACCUCUGCUGCUGUCACUACCUCGUCCGCCGACCAGUCUUCUAGCCAGCCAGCUAGCACCAGCUCUGCCGCUGAAACCUCGUCUUCUGCAGCUGAGUCUACCUCUGCUGCCGCUUCUUCAUCUGCUGUCGAAACCUCCAGCUCUGCCGCUGAGACUUCAUCUUCUGUUGGUGUCUCCAGCACUUCUGCAGCUGAUACUACAUCCUCUUCGGCUGCUGAGUCUACCUCUGCUGCUGCUUCAACCUCCGUUGCUGAGACAUCCUCCUCUGUUGCCGAGACAUCCAGCUCUGCUGCUGCCUCCAGCACCUCUGCAGCUGAUGUUACAUCUACUUCAGCUGCCGAGACAUCUUCAUCUGCUGCAACCUCCAGUUCUGCCGAGACCUCUUCUUCUGCUGAGACUUCCUCCUCCGCCGCUGCAACAUCUUCAGCUGCCGAGACCUCUUCCUCAGCUGCUGCAACCUCCAGCUCCGCUGCCGAGACCUCUAGCUCUGCCGCUGAGACUUCCUCUUCUGCUGCUGCCUCUAGCACCUCUGCAGCUGACGCUACAUCUUCCUCUGCCGCCGAGACCUCUUCGUCAGCUGCUGAAAGCUCUAGCUCUGCUGCCGCAACCUCAAGUUCCGCUGCUGCUGAAACCUCUUCUUCGGCCGCCGAGACAUCUUCAUCUGCUGCAACUUCUAGUUCUGCUGCCGAGCCAUCCUCCUCAGCUGCUGAGACCUCUAGCUCUGCUGCCUCCACCACUUCAGAAGCUGAUGCUACAUCAACUUCAUCAAGCUCUUCCGCUACUGAUGAGACUUCAAGCCAGCCCACGACCUUCUCCACGGUCACGCGAACCGAGUCGGAGUCGGAGUCCUCUACAUCUGAGGCUGCUACCACCACUACUGCCUAA